CAUUUGUCUUAGUAUCCGUGGGAUAAUCAGGAAAAGAGGUCCUUGGGUCAUUUUAUUUUAAAGACACGAUCUGAGAAUGUGCAACCCUCCCUGUAAUAUACCCAAAACUCCACCAGAGUGCGCCCGGUGUCCGCCGAUGUGCUGUUGUCCGGGGAUUAGCUACUGCAUUUUUGAUCUGGAAAGUGCCAUCUUUGAUACCCGUCACAUUUACAAGAAGGCUCUGCUGGAAGUGGCUUUGAGCUAUGAUCGGGUAAUCCCAGAGCAUUUGCUGAUCCAAAGUGGACCAAUGGAAACGGCCGAGAUGGCCGAGUUGAUUUGCCGAAAGCUAAAAAUGCCCAUCGGUUGGGAAUUGUUUCUCUCUCAGAUUAAUGAGCGCGCCUCCGAAUUGAUCGCGAAUCCACCUCUGAUGCCGGGAGUGGAGCGACUGGUGACCCACCUGAGCAAGUGCUGCAUAGGACUGGCACUGGUCACCUCCUGCUCCGAGUCGAUGUACUGCUCCAAGAUCCGCGGCCGGGAGGAGUUCUUCGAGAUCUUCUGCACGGUUCUCUGUGCGGACGAUGCGGAGCUGCGGGCCUUCAAGCCGGAACCGGAUGUGUACUUGAUUGCCAUGGCUCGACUGGGAGAAGCAGAACCCUCGUGCACUCUCGUCUUCGAUGGCACCGCCAAGGGAGUUCAGGCGGCGAGUGAUGCCCGUCUUUCCGUUGUGAUGCUGGCCGAACCAGAGGUGCCUUGCUGCUGGUCAGAGUUGGCCACUCUGCGCCUGGAGACACUGGAGGAAUUCGAUCCGGAGGAGUUUGAUAUGCCGCCGUACAGCAAGACCGAGUCAGCGGAGCCGCGUAAACCGAGUCGCCGAAGCUCACAGAAGUCCAAAGGUAGCCGAAGGAGUUCUGCACGGCAAAAGAAAGCGGAUGAGAAUCCGGCAGAUGACGAGGGAGCGGAGGAGGACGAGGGGGAGGAGGGCGAGGAACCCGCCUAAAUAACAUUGUCCAGGUCAAUGGAUGACAGGAGAGGUCAAGGUGUUGUCACAAAAAUUUUUAAUAAAAGAAAACAAAUUUUAAAU